AUGGAUGCCAUCUGUCGGCUCGACGCCAACUUCAUCACCAUCAAAUCAACAACAGUCACAGCAACAGCAACAAGCACCGCAACAGCAGCAACAGUCCACACAAAAGCAACAACCACAGCCACCCACUGUUCAAGCAUCAAUAUCUCAAUCGCCACACACAGUGGCAACUUCCAUUGGUGACGCAUCACCUUCACCAUCGACAUCUUUUUCGUCCGUAGAUACCAACCAAACUCUAUUGAAUGGUUUCAGUAACGGACUAGCAACAUCAUCGUCUGUCACCAAAAAUCGAUCAUCAUCUGUUUCCAAUGGAACAAAUCGAUCGUAUCGCACUAAGUACAGUCAAUUCAUGAUUAUAACUCCUGCAGUUUCGAUUGAUCGAAAUUUCGACAAUGAGACUGGUGCCCCCGCUGAUAAUGAUGUCGAUGAAUCUUGCUAUUACAAUGGCAACUAUUUCCGCAUGAAUUUGAUCAAUAGCAACAACGACAGCAGUGGUAAUGAUAGCAGUGACAGUAGUUUCCGUUCUAAUUACAAUUCAACUCUGCACAAUAGUCGACAUCAUCUGCUAUCAAAUAAUCCCCAUGGGUUUUACACUUUCUCAUCUUGGCGCUGGUGUACUCUCAUUUGUGCCGCAAUGCGGUGUUUUGGCGGCGGCCGUAGCUCCAAUGUUCCCUACAGUACAUCAUUCUCUCGUCGUCCGUAUAAUGGAAACGAACGAAGCAGUAGGCAACGCCAAUCAUCGUUCAAUCAUCAUUUACCAACAUUCACUCCACGCAAAACUCGUGACCAUAUGAAUAACAUUACAUACGAAUUGUGA